UCUUCUUCCUCUGAAAUUUCUAGAAGAAUCCCUAGGAAGAGAAUCGAAGAUGAGGCCAAUGCCGAUGGAUUUCUUGGGCGAUCCUGAUGACCAGGGCUCAGCCAUGGAGGUGGACGACGUCGACCCGCUCGAGAUCUUCGGCGAGGGAGUCAUCUCCAUCGACAACAAGCUCCCCGACGCCGACUUCUUCAACAACUUCGAGGACGAUUUCGACGAUACCGACAUCAACUAGAACAAAUCCCCCUGACGUGAUGCCAGGGUUUGCUCUCGUGUUUUUUCGAUUUAGCAUUAAAGCAAAAAAUUAUUAAAAAAAAAAAAAAACUCUUUCAAUAUCCUGUGUUGGUAAUACAAUUUGCUGAGGAUUUGGGUAUUUAGAUAUAGCUGUAUUUUAUGCAGGAUUCAAUGAAGGCUUCCUUUAUCCGAUUUUUCUCUAGUUUUUAAUUAAUUUUCCUGUUCAUUUGCUUGUUUAAUUUGUUUAUUAUGAGAAAUUGAGUAAUAGAGAAUUGAAGCUAGG